AUGGCUCCAUCAGCGAUUCAUCCCCAAGAAGAACAGAAGAGAGCCGUUACGAGUACACGAGUUCGAGCCAACGGCAUCACAAUAAACAAAGCAGCCAAGCCGAGGACGAAUACAACUGCAGAAGAUCCAGUCAAGCCAAUGGAAAAAUUGGCAGUGGAGAAGACCGUCGACUCUUCAACAACACAAACCGCGAAUACCAAGGUCGAAUCAAAGGACACAGACAUGAACGAAGUUUACAACGAUGUAUUUUCCAACCUUCGCGGUCAUUUUCAGAAACCAGAUACCGUCAAGCCCGACAUGGCCAAGUCUGAUGUUACCAUAACUGCUGCUGAGAAUAAACUUUCAAAAAAGAAAAUUAUUGAUCAGGAUGAAGAUGCAGCCUACAACAUGAUCAAAGCCCAUUUUCGUUCCAUGGGCUCGGGAGGAAAGAAGGGAGGCGCCAAUAAUUGGAGCUUUUUAAUUUAA